AUGGAUUCCAUUGGCUCUUUGGUUAGCAUUCGAGAUGAGGACCAGUCCUAUCAUGUCCGCUACAGGUAGGCAUGAACCUACUCAUACCCCCAUGCACUAUACUGUCACUGUCUCAAUCUUUGGUCAACAUAUUUCGUUUCAUGUACAACCUAGAACGGGUGCUUUAAACUUUCCUUCAUACUAGUGAAAAAAGGUGUUUCAACAGAUGGAACAAGAAUUUAACAGAACUGAUGUGUAGGAUUUUACACAUGUAGACAAAGUAGCCUAGAUCUCAUACUGGUGUCUCCAUAAGUCUGUCGCAUGGGAUGAGAUCAGCUUUUCCAUGUAGCUUUCAGGUGUGAAUUUGUAGGCUAGAUUUCCCACUUCCAUUUAACAGAAGUUGUUAAAUGGGAUGGGUGGUAGUGGGUAUGGCCAAUGGAACGGUUUUUAGAGGCUCUCUUGGCCGCAGAAUGUUUUUUUCCUGCAAUUCUACACAUUUUCCCAUGGGGCUCUGAUAAUUUUCAAUUUUAAAGCUAAUACUUUAUAGCUGGCUUUAGUCGUUUUUAAGUUUACACUCAAAAUGUUUAACCAUCCCCAAAAUUAUUACAUCACAUCUAUGAAAUAAUACAUAUGGAAUCAUGUAGUAACCAAACAAGUGUUAAACAAAUCAAAAUAUAUUUUAUAUUUGAGAUUCUACAAAUAGCCACCCUUUGCCUUGAUGACAGCUUUGCACACUCUUGGCAUUCUCUCAACCAGCUUCACGAGGUAGUCACUUGGAAUGCAUUUCAAUUAACAGGUGUGCCUUCUUAAAAGUUAAUUUGUGGAAUUUCUUUCCUUCUUAAUGCGUUUGAGCCAAUCAGUUGUGUUGUGACAAGGUAGGGGUGGUAUACAGAAGAUAGCCCUAUUUGGUAAAAGACCAAGUCCAUAUUAUGGCAAGAACAGCUCAAAUAAGCAAAGAGAAACGACAGUCCAUCAUUACUUUAAGACAUGAAGGUCAGUCAAUACGGAACAUUUCAUGAACUUUGAAAGUUUCUUCAGGUGCAGUCGCAAAAACCAUCAAGCGCUAUGAUGAAACUGGCUCUCAUGAGGACUGCGACAGGAAUGGAAGACCCAGAGUUAACUCUGCUGCAGAGGAUAUGUUCAUCAGAGUUACCAGCCUCAGAAAUUGCAUACCAAAUAAAUGCUUCACAGAGUUCAAGUAACAGACACAUCUCAACAUCAACUGUUCAGAGGGGCCUGUGUGAAUCAUGCCUUCAUGGUCGAAUUGCUGCAAAUAAACCACUACUAAAGGACACCAAUAAUAAGAAGAGACCUGCUUGGGCCAAGAAACACAAGCAAUGGACAUUAUGUCCAAAUUUGAGAUUUUUGGUGUGGGUGAACGGAUGAUCUCCGCAUGUGUAUUUCCCACCGUAAAGCAUGGAGGAGGUGUUAUGGUGUGGGGGUGCUUUGCUGGUGACACUGUCUGUGAUUUAUUUAGAAUUCAAGGCACACUUAACCAGCAUGGCUACCACAGCAUUCUGCAGCGAUACGUCAUCCCAUCUUGUUUGGGCUUAGUCGGACUAUCAUUUGUUUUUCAACAGGACAAUGACCCAACACACCUCCAGGCUGUGUAAGGGCUAUUUUACCAAGAAGGAGAGUGAUGGAGUGCUGCAUCAGAUGACCUGGCCUUCACAAUCCCCCGACCUCAACCCAAUUGAGAUGGUUUGGGAAGAGUUGGACCGCAGAGUGAAGGAAAAGCAGCCAACAAGUGAUCAAUAAAUGUGGGAACUCCUUCAAGACUGUUGGAAAGCAUGCCAGGUGAAGAUGGUUGAGAGAAUGCCAAGAGUGUGCAAAGCUGUCAUCAAGGCAAAGGGAGCCUACUUUGAAGAAUUCAAAAUCAAAAAUAUAUUUUGAUUUGUUUAACACUUUUUUGGUUACUACAUGAUUCCAUAUAUGUGUUAUUUCAUAGUUUUGAUGUCUUCACUACUUUUCUACAAUGUAGAAAAUAGCAAAAAUUAAGAAAAACCCUUGAAUGAGUAGGUGUGUCCAAACUUUUGACUGGUAAUGUAACUGUUGAUUGUUUUGCUGAAUAUCAAUGUUCUAACCCUUUUUAUCUAUACUGGACAAAAAUAUAAACGUAACAUGCAACAAUUUCAAAGAUUUUACUGAGUUACAGUUCAUAGAUGGAAAUCAGUCAAUUGAAAUAAAUAAAUUAGGCCCUAAUAUAUGGAUUUCACAUAACUGGGCAGGGGCGCAGCCAUGGGUGGGACUGUGAGUGCGUAGGCCCAUCCACUGGGCUUUAUUAAGGACAGAAAUACUCCUCAGCACCCCCCCUCCCCCUCCUCAGACGAUCCCGCAGGUGAAGAAGCGGGCUGUGGAGGUCCUGGGCUGGCGUGGUUACACGUGGUCUGCGGUUGUGAGACCGGUUGGGAUGUACUGCCAAAUUCUCUAAAACGAUGUUGGAGGUGGCUUAGGGUUGAGAAAUGAACAUCCACUUUUCUGGCAACAGCUCUGUUGGGCAUUCCUGCAGUCAGCAUGCCAAUUGCACGCUCCCUCAACUUGAGACAUCUGUGGCAUUGUGUUGUGUGACAAAACUGCACGUUUUAGAGUGGCCUUUUAUUGUCCCCAGCACAAGGUGCACCUGUGUAAUGAUCAUGCUGUUUAAUCAGCUUCUUGAUAUGCCACACCUGUCAGGUGGAUGGAUUAUCUUGGCAAAGAAGAAAUUCUCACAGAGAUUAAACAAAUUUGUAGACAACAUUUGAGAGAAAUAAGCUUUUUGUGUGUAUGGAACAUUUCUGGGAUCUUUUAUUUUAGCUCAUGAAAAAUGUGACCAACACUUUACAUGUUGCAUUUAUAUUUUUGUUCAGUGUAUAUAAAGUUUCAUAAUGCAUAACAUGAUUUUAGUAGGCUAUGUCUAAUGCCAAUAUUAUUUGAGAGCUUUCUGUGCAUUUUUGCUGUAGGACACAAAAAUAUGUCAAAGAGGGCGUAACAAUCAAAGCCAGGCUGCAUGAAUAUGACUGUUAAUACACCCGUCCCUGUAAAUACUCCCCUGUGGAUACUCCUCUUUGACCCUAUCUGGGGUUAAAGUGACCAGGGGUAGGCUAUGUUCAGGGUGAAACAUCCAGAACGUUUCAGAUAGAAAUGUAAUCGUCUACAGCUUGCACAAUCCCAAUUCUACACAGCAGACAAUUAUGUCUGAAGACAAUACAUUUCUGUCUGAAUGUUCUGUAAACAUUGAAGCCCACUGAAUAGCCUAGUUCUCAGAAGAGCAGUCAGAGAGAGAUCUGUGUAUUGUACUGUAGAGACCACGUCGAUAGGAAGUCAGCCCUACCAUAACAAACAAACCCUAAUAAACCAAGGCUAUAUUUCUCAGGAGGUGGAAGGAAGUAGCCAAACAAACUCCACAUUCACAGUCAGAUGGAGCGAGAGGGAUGCUAGUCCUGGGUUUGCAGACGGGGCAAAACAUAGUAGAAGAUGUUCCGUUUUUCUUCAGCUUCUAUAACUUGAACACUUAGGCUAAUGUGUGGUUUUGGUUUCUAGUUUAUUUAAACUGUGGCCAUUUUGGAAUGUUAAGACUAAAUAAACUUGUAGUUCUUUGAGUGUUAGUGGAAGGGGCAAGAGGUUGUUUUGGACCAGAACAUUUUUUUCCUGUCUGUGCCUACUGAGCAUCUUGGAUCAACAAGAGGAGACCUCUAUUCCUAACCUAUCUUCUACCUAAACCGCUUCUGCUGCCUCCUGUAGGAUGGAGGCGUCCUGCCUGGAGCUGGCCCUGGAGGGGGAGCGGCUCUGUAAGGUGGGCGACUACCACGCCGGGGUGUCCUUCUUCGAGGCAGCCAUCCAGGUUGGCACAGAGGACCUGCAGGUGUUGAGUGCCAUCUACAGCCAGCUGGGCAACACAUACUUCCAUCUGCACGACUACGCCAAGGCGUUGGAGUUCCACCACCACGACCUCACCUUGACCAGGUAGGAAGGAACACACCUAUGACCAGGGCUCAUAUUCAUAAUGUUUCUCCGAGUAGUACCAUUGUCCCCUCUUAUCUUCAUGACCUCACCACACAACUAAGCUGUCUGUAGUGUUUUCCCUAUGCGCCGGCCUUCAUUCAUAUAUUUAUAAAUACGCCCCCGAUUUUUGCGAAACGCUUAGAUAAACAUCUUAGUAUAUAUUUUUUUACGUCAACUAGCCGCUGUUAUGGUUAUGUAUCAAUGUUUGAUUGCUACUUCCUCUCUUUUUAUAUUUGUCCCACUAAAAUAUAUUUUGACCACUUGGAAAAAUGAACGGCUACUUUUAACUUAAAAGUUUCAAUUUGAUAGUCAGAAAAGUCAGUCUAGACCUCUUCCGCUAGAAUGAACGAUAUGAAUCUUCUAGCGAUCUAUUGAUAGGACAGGCGCAUGUCAGUCAUACAGCGAGCGAUGACAGAAAAACACUGCUGGUUUGACAGUAUGCUGUCUGUCCCACCUGCCGUACCUGUGGGAUUUGUGUGCGCUGUUGUUGGUUGCAGUCAAAUGUCUUUACACGGAGGGAGAGCGCAUGAUGCUCCUUCAGUCGUCUCUGUGAGUGAAUCUGCACAUCCCAUGUAAUGUAAGUGGUAACGAUGAGUCAAAAUCCACUUAGCCUUUUUAUUGUUUUCUGGCACAUUCAUUUAUUUUCUUUUUGCGUGUUUCCUAUAGCCAGCCACAGAGCCAAGGCGCAUAGGCUAUUUACUGUGCUUUGAUUGACAAUAUAACAGCAUGUGUUGAUUAGUUAUAGAAGGUGUCAAAUGAACUGAAUAAAGUCGAUCUCCUAUAUCCCUUUGCCAUUUAUAAACCGUACACCGUAGUUAGAAGUCCAUGGUAUUGCACCGGGACAAGUAAACCAAAGAUCACGUUUGUAUUUUCCUAGGAUAUGAAGCCCAUUUCGGGACUUAACCGACAGUGACGUUUCAGUGAGUGACUCGUCAGUGUAGCCAACCGAAUCGCAUUGGUGAGAGCUGUUCAUUUGGCUCCCUAAUUUGCAUAUUGGUAGGCUUUUUGCCGAUUAUCUGCAGAUAAAUUAUGAAAAUAUGCGAUGAAGAUGGUGAAUCCUCACUGCAGGAACAAUAGGUAGUUGAGAGAGAGACUCAUUCUGGUCCAAAUAUGAUAAUGAUCAUUUUAAAUCUCCCGAGUGGCGCAGUGGUCUAAGGCACUGCAUCGCAGUGCUAGCUGUGCCACUAGAGAUCCUGGUUCGAAUCCAGGCUCUGUCGUAGCCGGCCGCGACCGGGAGACCCAUGGGGCGGCGCGCACAAUUGGCCCAGCGUCGUCCAGGGUAGGGGAGGGAUUUGGCCGGCAGGGGAUGUAGCUCAGUUGGUAGAGCAUGGCGUUUGCAACGCCAGGGUUGUGGGUUCGAUAAAAUAAUGUAUGCACUAACUGUAAGUCGCUCUGGAUAAGAGUGUCUGCUAAAUGACUAAAAUGUAAAUGUUAAAUACAUUUCUGUCAAAUCAGAAAUAUAUAAUACUUAAGACUUUAAUUUUUUCAAUUUAACCUUUUUAUUUGUUGUUCAAGAUCAUGUGGGCUAUUUACUUCAUUUUUCUGUUGUAAUAAAAAAUAAACAUAAUUUGAAGAACAAACAUCAUUGUGCCAAUUCAUAUCUUGCAGUAAAACUGUAAAUUAGACUUUAAUUUCGAAGGCAGGUUUAAUGUUAAAAAUAAAGGUUUAAUGUUCUCCACUUAAAGUAUUCAAUAAUUUCACUCAGUGUUUCGGAUGGAAUCAAGACACUAGAAUGUACCAGAGGCCACCAAAAUAGAGCUUGUUCUGCAAAUUACCGUCUCGACCCGGGGAGGCCUGGCUGGCUACUCUAUGUACUUGGGGAAAACACUUUGUCUGGACGGAAGCAUUUUGCAGUUUUAAGUUAGGUGAACAUUCAAUCCCAUUUAAUUAUGUUUUAUGGUCCCAUUCUCAGGACCAUCGGGGACCAGCUGGGAGAGGCUAAAUCCAGCGGUAACCUAGGCAACACAUUGAAGGUGUUGGGUAGGUUUGAUGAGGCUGUGGUCUGCUGUCAGAGGCACAUAGACAUUGCCAUGGACCUGCACGACAAGGUGAGAUUGAUUGAUUAAUUCAUUAUGGUUAUUGGGCCUCCUGCAACUCAUUUGCUGUUUAUUCUGGUGUUUAAUUGCUUUUUUCAAUGUUUCGGAGUUGACAUUUUCCCUGUUGUGGAGUUGACAUUGGCCCUGUUUUUUUGUCUCUGUUAGGUGGGGCAGGCGAGGGCACUGUAUAACAUUGGGAACGUGUAUCAUGCAAAAGGCAAGAGCAUCUGCUGGAGCGGGGCGGAGCCAGGAGAGUUCCCAGAGGAGGUCACGACUGCACUUAGGAAAGCAGCGGAAUACUAUGAGUAAGUUAAUGUGUUUGUGUGCAAGCAUUUCGUUCAUGUGUGUUUGGUACGUGUCGCACCUUGUAAGUCAGAUACCAUAGAGUAGACAUAAAAGUACAUACUGUAAUACUAUAUAUACACUACCAGUCAAAAGUUUGGGACACACCUACUCAUUCAAGAGUUUUUCUUUAUUUGUACUACUUUUUACAUUGUAAAAUAAUAGUGAAGACAUCAAAACUAUGAAAUAACACAUGGAAUCAUGUAGUACAUUUUUUUUUUUUCAACAAAUCAAAAUAUAUUUUAUAAUUGAGAAUCUUCAAAUAGCCACCCUUUGCCUUGAUGACAGCUUUGCACACUCUUGGCAUUCUCUCAACCAGCUUUAUCUGGAAUGCUUUUCCAACAGUCUUGAAGGAGUUCUCACAUAUGCUGAGCAGUUGUUGGCGGAUUUUCCUUCACUCUGCAGUCCGACUCAUCCCAAACCAUCUCAAUCGGGUUGAGGUCGGGGGAUUGUGGAGGCCAGGUCAUCUGAUGCAGCACUCCAUCACUCUCCUUCUUGGUAAAAUAGCCCUUAUACAGCCUGGAGAUGUGUUGGGUCAUUGUCCUGUUGAAAAACAAAUGAUAGUCCCAAUAAGCCCAAACCAGAUGGGAUGGCGUAUCGCUGUAGAAUGCUGUGGUAGCCAUGCUGGUUAAGUGUGCCUUGAAUUCUAAAUAAAUCACAGACCGUGUCACCAGCAAAGCACCCCCACACCAUAACACCUCCUCCUCCAUGCUUUACGGUGGGAAAUACACAUGCGGAGAUCAUCCGUUCACCCACACCGCGUCUCACAAAGAGAUGGCGGUUGGAACCAAAAAUCUCCAAUUUGGACUCCAGACCAAAGGACACAUUUCCACCAGUCUAAUGUCCAUUGCUCGUGUUUCUUGGCCCAAGCAGGUCACUUCUUCUUAUUGGUGUCCUUUAGUAGUUUGUAGUUGGUUUCUUUACAGCAAUUCGACCAUGAAGGCCUGAUUCACACAGUCCCCUCUGAACAGUUGAUGUUGAGAUGUGUCUGUUACUUGAACUCUGUGAAGCAUUUAUUUGGGCUGCAAUAUCUGAGGCUGGUAACUCUAAUGAACUUAUCCUCUGCAGCAGAGUUAACUCUGGGUCUUCCAUUCCUGUCGCGGUCCUCAUGAGAGCCAGUUUCAUCAUAGCGCUUGAUGGUUUUUGCGACUGCACUUUAAGAAACUUUCAAAGUUCUUAAAAUGUUCUUUAUUGACUGACCUUCAUGUCUUAAAGUAAUGAUGGACUGUCAUUUCUCUUUGCUUAUCUGAGCUGUUCUUGCCAUAAUAUGGACUUGGUCUUUUACCAAAUAGGGCUAUCUUCUGUAUACCCCCCCUACCUUGUCACAACACAACUGACUGGCUCAAACGCAUUAAGAAGGAAAGAAAUUCCACAAAUUAACUUUUAAGAAGGCACACCUGUUAAUUGAAAUGCAUUCCAGGUGACUACAUCAUGAAGCUGGUUGAGAGAAUGCCAAGAGUGUGCAAAGCUGUCAUCAUGGGAAAUGGUGGCUAUUUGAAGAAUCUUAAAUAUAAAAUAUAUUUUGAUUUGUUUAACACUUUUUUGGUUACUACAUGAUUCCAUAUACAGUGGGGAGAACAAGUAUUUGAUACACUGCCGAUUUUGCAGGUUUUCCUACUUACAAAGCAUGUAGAGGUCUGUCAUUUUUAUCAUAGGUACACUUCAACUGUGAGAGACGGAAUCUAAAACAAAAAUCCAGAAAAUCACAUUGUAUGAUUUUUAAGUAAUUAAUUUGCAUUUUAUUGCAUGACAUAAGUAUUUGAUACAUCAGAAAAGCAGAACUUAAUAUUUGGUACAGAAACAUUUGUUUGCAAUUACAGAGAUCAUACGUUUCCUGUAGGUCUUGACCAGGUUUGCACACACUGCAGCAGGGAUUUUGGCCCACUCCUCCACACAGACCUUCUCCAGAUCCUUCAGGUUUCGGGGCUGUCGCUGGGCAAUACAGACUUUCAGCUCCCUCCAAAGAUUUUCUAUUGGGUUCAGGUCUGGAGACUGGCUAGCCCACUCCAGGACCUUGAGAUGCUUCUUACGGAGCCACUCCUUAGUUGCCCUGGCUGUGUGUUUCGGGUCGUUGUCAUGCUGGAAGACCCAGCCAUGACCCAUCUUCAAUGCUCUUACUGAGGGAAGGAGGUUGUUGGCCAAGAUCUCGCGAUACAUGGCCCCAUCCAUCCUCCCCUCAAUACGGUGCAGUCGUCCUGUCCCCUUUGCAGAAAAGCAUCCCCAAAGAAUGAUGUUUCCACCUCCAUGCUUCACGGUUGGGAUGGUGUUCUUGGGGGUUGUACUCAUCCUUCUUCUUCCUCCAAAACACGGCGAGUGGAGUUUAGACCAAAAAGCUAUUUUUUUUGUCUCAUCAGACCACAUUACCUUUUUUAUCCAUGACGGCAUAGUGUGUUACUAAUGGUUUCUUUGAGACUGUGGGUCCAGCUCUCUUCAGGUAUUGACCCAGGUCCUGCCGUGUAGUUCUGGCUGAUCCCUCACCUUCCUCAUGAUCAUUGAUGCCCACGAGGGAGAUCUGCAUGGAGCCCAAGACCGAGGGUGAUUGGACCAUCAUCUUUGACUUCUUACCAUUUUCUAAUAAUUGCGCCACAGUGUUUACUUCUUACAAGAUGAAUUGCCUAUUGUCUGUAGCCCCUACCCAGCCUGUGCAGGUCUACAAUUUUAUCCCUGAUGUCUUACACAGCUCCUGUCUGGGCCAGUGUGGAGAGGUUGGAGUCUGUUUGAGUGAGUGUGUGGACAGGUGUCUUUUAUACAGGUAACGAGUUUCCAAACAGGUGCAGUUAAUACAGGUAAUGAGUGGAGAACAGGAGGGCUUCUUAAAGAAAAACGAACAGGUCUGUGAGAGCCGGAAUUCUUACUGGUUGGUAGGUGAUCAAAUACUUAUGUCAUGCAAUAAAAUGCAAAUUAAUUACUUAAAAAUCAUACAAUGUGAUUUUCUGGAUUUUUGUUUUAUAUUCCGUCUCUCACAGUUGAAGUGUACCUAUGAUAAAAAUUACAGACCUCUACAUGCUUUGUAAGUAGGAAAACCUGCAAAAUCGGCAGUGUAUCAAAUACUUGUUCUCCCCACUGUAUGUUAUUUCAUAGUUUUGAUGUCUUCACUAAUAUUCUACAAUGUAGAAAAUUGUAAAAAUAUAGAAAAACCCUUGAAUGAGUAGGUGUGUCCAAACCUUUGGCUGGUACUGUAUAUAUAUAUAUAUAUAUAUAUAUAUUUAUUUAUUUUAAUUUUUUUUAAACAAAAAACACUUUUUCAAUGUUUUGUCUAUAUUCAGAGCAAACUUAUCCAUAGUGAAGGAGCUUGCAGACCGGGCCGCCCAGGGCCGAACAUAUGGUAACCUUGGCAACACACACUACCUGUUAGGAAACUUCCGGAAUGCAGUGGCAUCACAUGAACAGGUAAUGAAAAUCUUAUCAAAGUUUAUAACAUGACAUUUAGUGCUUGAUUCAAUAAAAACUGCACUGCUGUAGCAUGUAAAACGCACCAUUUUUAUCCUAUGACCAAAUGGAAUAGCAUAGUGGUUUUCGUACUAUAGUAGAAAUACCAGUUAGACUCACUUCACUGGAAGAUUAAUAUUAGCUUGUACACAAAGAAACUGCAUAAACAUUGCUGAGGCAAGUUUGAUUAAAUCCAGCCAGUUAGUCUUUUGUCAGCUAGAUUUCCUUUUUCAAUGGUUCUCUGUAGUUAAUUAUAAUGUCCUGUACUGCUCAUUACAGUCCACAGAAAGACUAUAGAUAAACACGACAUAAUGGAAGACUAGAGUCACUGGCUGGCUGUACCGAGACCAAGCUGUUGAAAUUUGUAUGUUCGCCCAUUUGUUUUCCUUUCCCAGCGCCUCCAGAUUGCCAAGGAGUUUGGCGACCGCUCAGCAGAGAGAAGGGCCUACUGCAACCUGGGGAACGCGUAUAUAUUCCUGGGGGAAUUUGAAGUGGCAGCCGAGCAUUACAAGUGAGCCAAACCCCCAGCCCAGCCCAGCCAUUCAUUUUCUCUUAAUGAAGUUCACUCCCUCUGUCUUGGAGUCCAUCUGAGAAAACAACACUUCUUUCUGUCUGGACUCUGGAGGGUUUAACACAGUUAAGAGGCUGUAGGGAUUUUCAGGAGAGAGAUGGCAGGCGCUAUGCCUCAAAGGACUAUAAUGUCAAGAGGGCUAGCAAACUGAUUUAGUGUGUGUGUGCAUUCAUAAACUAAACUUAAUUUCAGGACCAGAGUAGCCUUUGUGUGUCACUAUGAAUGAGAGCCAGUGAUCUAAUGUGGUUGUAAUGUGGUUGUCAGGAGGACUCUGCAGCUGGCCAGACAGCUGAAGGACCGGGCUGUGGAGGCUCAGGCCUGUUACAGUCUGGGCAACACCUACACACUCCUCCAGGACUACGAGAGGGCCAUAGACUACCACCUCAAACACCUGAUCAUAGCACAGGACCUCAACGACAGGAUUGGUGAGGGCCGGGCUUGCUGGAGUUUAGGGAACGCUCACACCGCCCUGGGGAACCAUGACCAGGCCAUGCACUUUGCUGAGAAACACCUGGAGAUCUCCAAAGAGGUACCACAUCCCCUAUCCCCUAUAGAUAUACAGUUCAGUACACAGCCUUCAAGAGCCUGUCCAUUAUAAAGAGGAGUUGAUCUGUAAAUGCAGCAUGGUCAAUCCCAGUUUUGUGUGCAUGUUCCAGACUGGUGACCGGAGCGGGGAGCUGACGGCCCGUAUGAACGUGUCAGACCUGCAGAUGGUGCUGGGGCUGAGCUACAGCACCAACAACUCCACCCUGUCUGAGAACCCCAUCAAGGACAUAGACUACAACCUGCACGGAGCCAGGCCCAGGAUGGGACGGAGACACAGCAUGGAAAACCUGGAGCUCAUGAAACUCACCCCAGACAAGAUCAAUGUAAAUGACUGGGUUUAACGGUGCAAUCUGGAACGUUCUCUUCCCUAGGCCUAGUGGCAAUUCAAAGUGCACUAUUGACCUGAAAUUAGUGAGAUUAAUUACACAUUGCACCUUUUAAAAUUUAUUGUUUUGUCUUUAAAACAUAACCAAAGAUUGGUUUGACGUGUGUGUGUCCUCUCCCUCUUGUCUCCAGGCUCAGAAGUGGAUCAGUAACAUCCUGACCAAGCAGUCUAAACCCACCCUGGCUAAGAGCUCCUCCAAGCUGUUCUUCGUCAGCCGUCUGCGGGGGAAGAAGCACAGGGCUGGGGGCUCCAGUAAAGUCCUGCAGGACACCAGUAACACCCGCCAGACCCAUGCACAGGGACCACAGAAGGUUAGAGGGAAACCUGCAUUUCAGAUAUCCACCUAGCGUGUGCUUUUGUAUGUGUUUUGUGUGUCUGUGUGUGCAUGAGAGGGAGAGCGUGAGAUUGACGUGACCUCUUGUACUUAUUUCAUUGUGGAUUGGAAUAAAGUAUUCAAAUCAGUGGUGGUUGGUGCCGUUUAAGAUCAGGGAGGACAAUGUUUUUUUUUAUGGGCCUUAUUUCUAUUACAUCAUAUUGGACUACUGUCAUUCGUAUUCCAUUCACCCAGCUCAGUGUAACAGCAAUGGGUUUAGGCUACUACAUGAUACUCUAAUUGGCCCUAUACCCAUCAUGACGUUGCUACAACCUAGCCUACAAAUGAAAGUUUAUAACGUAGGUGCACAUGUCAAGAGACAAAUUGGAGUAAUCAAGGUGACAGACACUGACACAUUCAAUACAGCCUUGCACACUCUUGCCUACAUCUAGCAGAUCUCGGGUGUAAUCAUUAGUCCAAAAACAAGUUUAUAUUGGAAAAAUUGAGGUCUCUCCCUGUUUCGUUCUGUUUUCUUCUGUUUAGGAAACAUUUUGCAACAGAAUUUGCGGAAUGAAUACACCCCUGAUCACCUGCACACACAGUUAUUUUUCAUAGCAGCCACAUACAGCAUCAUCACUUUGCUUAUUGUAUGAUUCCUUCUCGCAUCUACGCGCUCUCCUCCUCUCACCUUUUCCCUUCGAUUGUGGACUUCAGUGCACUAAAAAAAAAAUCUGUGACACAGGAGGUUGGUGUCACCUUUAUUGGGGAGGACGGGCUCGUGGUAAUGGCUGGAGUGGAAUGGUAUCAAAUACAUCAGACCCAUGGUUUGCAUGUGUUUGAUGCCAAAUCUAUUACUCUGUUCCAGCCAUUAUUAUGAGCCAUCCUCCCCUCAGCAGCCUCCACUGGUCUGUGACCAGGUGCAAUAACCUCUCCAAGCUAAACCUUCAUACCAUAACUGCUAACCGCUACACAGCCUACAUCGUUGUCACCAUAUUAACGUUAUAGUCAACAAAGUAGAACUAACACUUUAGUAAACCCACAAUCCAAUCCAUGUGUACAGUCACGCAGUACAGUGUAAAGCAAGCAGUUUAGUAGUUACACUGGGGCCCUGGUGGCAAUAAAUUAAUCAAAUCAAAAGCUUACAUUGACUUGGAAGAGUUGCUGUGUUGGAUAGCCUUAGCCAGCUAGCUAACAUAAAUAGCAUUUCUCUCUGUUUAAGUCAGGUUGUUGAGGUGGCUAAAUUAGCUCCAUUAGCUAAGUAAGUGAAAGGUAAACUAAGAAAAAAAUAAUACAAUGAAAUAUAGCUAGCUCUCUCUCUCUCUCUGCUGCUUCUCCUUAAUUUUUGAAGAAAUUAAUUUGUUAAAAACCGUUCAGCUAUUGUCUUUCUCUCUUUAAUUCAACUACUCACCACAUGUAAUGCACUGCAGUGCUAGCUAGCUGUAGUUUAUACUUUCAGUACUAGAUUAAUUCUCUGAUCCUUUGAUUGAAUGGACAACAUGUCUGUUCAUACUGCAAGAGCUCUGAUAGGUUGGAGGACAACCUACACAGUCAUAAUUACUGUGUAAGUGUAUGGAAGGGGGUGAGAACCAUGAGCCUCCUAGGUUUUGUAUUGAAGUCAAUGUAGCCAGAGGACGGAAAAUAGCUGUCCUCAGGCUACACCAUGGUGUUAUCCUAGAGGGUGCUGUUGAGGCUACUGUAGACCUUCAUUGCAAAACAGUGUGUUUAAUCAGUUAUUUGGUGGCGUGAAUAUAUUUAGUAUAGUUUAUCUAAAAAAAUAAUUGUUUCAUGUUUCCCUAUUUACAUUUUUAUGAAAUUCACUGAGUAGGAUGGUCCUCCCCUCCUCCUCUGAGGAGCCUCCACUGAUUCAAAUAUGUCUCUCUCUCUCACUCACUCAGAGGGCCAGUCCAGACAUGCUCGGGGACGAGGGCUUCUUUGACCUGCUGAGUCGUUUCCAGAGUAACCGGAUGGACGACCAGCGCUGUUCCAUACUGUCAGUCAGUACCAGCUCUGACUCUCCACCCAGAGCCAUGAGGAAAUGUGAGUACACACACCAACAUUUCUCUGUGACCUCCAUGAUCUCUCGCUCUGACCUCUCUCCCUCUCCUCCAGCAAUGUCAGAGGCGGCCGCAGAAGCAGGCCUGGGCUCUGGGUCUGGUGCCCAGGGUUGCCGGUUGGAGGAAGGUGGAGGUCCUAGGGGUAGUUUGCCCGGCCUUCGGCUCAACCAGCACAGCAGCCAGGCUGUCCUCAGCCACCUGAUGGCUAACGCAGACAACACUGAGCCUGACGACGACUUCUUUGACAUGCUCGUCAAAUGCCAGGUGUGAGGAGUAAAUAGACUCAACUUUUCACUAGGGUGGUGUUCAGUAGGGCACAACGUAGCAAAAAGUUGUGCUAGAUCUCAGUGCUUUAUAUUGAAAGGGGGUAAAAAUCUUCCUUUUCAUAUUGGUAACUGUUCCACUUUUUACCUCCUAUUCCCUCCUCCCUCAGGGUUCCCGUCUGGAUGACCAGCGCUGCGCCCCUCCCCCGGCCCGUGGCCCCACCGUCCCAGACGAGGACUUCUUCAGCCUCAUCAUGAGGUCCCAGGCCAAACGCAUGGAUGAGCAGCGGGUCACCCUGCCCUCCGCAGCAGGCUCUGCAGCACGCCCCUGCUCCAACUGA